AUGAAUCGGUUUCCACUCAUCCUGCUUGCUGCGGCAAGCGUCGCUCUAGGCGAUAUCGUCACCCACAACGGCCAGAUCUUCACCCCCGGAUUCGUUGUCGUCAACGCGCCGCAGCCCAACACUCCUCUGGGAGGUGACGUGACGGCCAACGGCGCUCUACCGCUCCCCCCACUAAAGGAAGACAGCGCGAGCCAGAUAUACAACAUCACCAUCUUCCUAUACAGCUAUGACACGGGCAGGAACCUCACCGUCUCCAAUGCCACGGCCGUCGAGGAUGCGAACCUGUCGAGCCUAGGUAAUAUCAUGGAGCAGGAGACCUCCAGCACCGUCAAGCACAUCAAUUGGAUCUGGCCAGACUGCCUGGUAGGAAACGGUCAGCCUUCCGGAAAAGACAGCGACCGCGGUACAUACAACGUCUCAAUCCACCAAAACUUCCGCCUGAACGAUACGGAUCAUUAUACCAUCUUCGACCUGCCGAUAUCGGUCACGAACAGCAUCGAGGCCAACGAGAACCGCACAUCCUGCGACGCGCUCGCCAAUAACAUCCUGCAGCCAGACGAAAUCAAUUGGGAGGACUCGAACCAGGUCGGUGCCUUGUUUGUCCCCGACAACGCCACGACCGUCGAGUAUGACAGUGCGCCGAACAAGGACUCAGCUGGGACGACUCUGGCUCAGACUUUGGGUGUAAAACUGAUGUGGGGACUGCUCAUCGCACAAGCUCUUCUCGGAUAG